AUGGAUUGCUCAGCUUUUAGUGAAAUGAAGGGGGUUUAUGAAGAGCAAUGCAAUUCCUUAGGGGCCUAUAAUAAGACAUUCUCUCAUACGUACAAUCCUGGGUGGAGAAACCACCCAAAUUUCAGCUGGAGAGAUCCCAACCAAGCACAAUCUUCUGGAGGGAAAUGGAGAAAUGAGCACCAGACUCAACCAUCAAAAGCUCAAUUUGCUCUGCAAUACAAUGCUCCACCUCAAAGGAGUUCUCUUGAGAACACCCUUCAUUCAUUCAUGGAGGAGCAAGCCAAAAUAAAUCGCCAAAUGAUGGAAGAAAUCAAGGAAAUAAAAAGUCAAUUUUCAAAACUGACUGGAUCCUUGGUUAUUUCUGAAAGAGGCAAACUUCCUUCUCAGCAUCAAUUCAAUACACAAGGGCAACAUAUGGCUCAAACCUCCAACUGUGACGAUCAAAAUGUUAAGCAGGCUAAUGCCAUCACAACUAGAAGUGGUAAAGCUUUGGAAGAUCCACCAAUACCAACUACUACUUCAAAAUCUCCAAAUGUUGUCUCUGAAAGUGUGCCAUCCAAUGCUUCUGCAAAAGUUCCAUUUCCCCAGGCUCUAAGACUUGUUGGAAAAAUUCCUAAAAGUCAAGGAGAAAUCCUUGAGCACUUGACACGAGUGAAGAUUAAUCUGCCUUUGCUUCACAUCAUCAAACAAGUGCCAUCAUAUACUAAAAUCAUCAAGGAUCUUUGCAUUGUAAAAAGGAAGCAUCAUGUCAAGAAGACUGCUUUCCUAACAGAGCAAGUCAGUGCGGUAAUUGAACAAAAGACACCACCAAAAUACAAAGAUCUUGGUUGUCCCACCAUGUUCUGCCAAAUUGGGACUCAUGAAUUCAGCCAAGCCUUGCUAGACUUAGGAGCGAGUGUCAAUCUCAUGCCUUAUUUUAUCUACUCACAACUUGGUCUUGGUGAAAUCAAGUCUACUUUUGUAGUCUUACAGCUAGCUGAUCGUUCUAUUAAGAAGCCUCAGGGUAUUUUUGAGGAUGUUCUUGUUCAAGUUGACAAAUUCUAUCACCCCGUUGACUUCCUCAUUCUCGAUACUCAAUCUGUGGAAUGGUCUCAUGAAAGUAUCUUUUGGGAAUAUGACUCUCGAGGUCAAUAUUUUCAUGUUGCAAAGCAACCACAUGAUGAUGACGAUGAUGAGUGUUAUCAGACAUUUCUGAUUGACACACUCAUUACUGAGGAGAUUCAAUUGCAAAGCAAUUAUGAUGAUCUUGAUGAACUCCUGCCUGUUAGUGAAAGUUCUAGUUUUGAUGAGUCAAUUAAUGAAAUUUCUUGUUACAAAGACUCACAAAACGGAAGAACAAAGUUUUGGCAACCUCGCUUUGAAUAG